AUGAAGGUCCAGGAUAUUGCAGAUACAGAUAAAGAGAUCCCAGGAAAAGAAACACCAACAGCCUCCACAGAAAGUUUGCAGCAACUGUCUCGACAGAUAAAUGGAAUUUUAGCUGAGUCUCCUGUGGGAUUUGAAGCUGAACAGUGUCAAUCUGAUAUAGCUGAUCUAGAAACCAGAAAUCGGGAAUUAGCUGCAUUAUUAGCUCAACACUCUCAAGCAAAUGAGCAGUUAAACAUUCAAAAUGAGCAAAUUCGGCAGCAUGCAUUAAAUGUACAAUCUCAACUUGAACAAGAAAGAUCUGAAACACAACAGCGAGUAAAUAAAGAACUAGGGCCACUUAAAGAACAAUUACAGGUACAUAUACAGACUAUAGGUAUAUUAGUUGCAGAAAAAACAGAAUUGCAGUCACAGUUAUCACAGUCACAUAAAAUUGUUGAACAGAGAUUAGGUGAGGUUGAAGACUUGACAGGUCGACUGAAAACAUCUAGGCAGCGAGUAGCUGAUCUAGAACGAAGUCUAUCAACAUCAUCAAAUUCUAGUCAGAAGUUAGAACAGAUAGUUUUUAAAUCCUCACUGGCUGUUUCAAAAGGUACUCCAGCUGCUUACAUGGUUGGCUACAUGGGACCUGCCUGUAAAAAAUGCAGGAGAGCACCUGUCUUCUCCAUAUUAAAAGAUGGAAAUAUGACCAAAUUGUUUAAAGCACAGGAAGAAUUGAAGCAAACUUCAUCAGAGGUGCAAGAGAAAUUAAAGUCAAAGACAUCUGAGUGCAGUGGAUUGCAGCACAGUGUUGACGAUCUGAAAAGGCGGCUAGAAAUGGCAGAACUAUAUAGCCAGCAGUUGUCCAGUCAAAACGAGUCUGGCAUGGAGACAUUGAAGGUAGUUGAGCAACUUCAGCAAGAACGGGACAGUCUUACCACACAAGUACAGCAGUAUGCAGAAUCAUUCCAGAGGGUAUCUGUAGAGAAGGAUCAACUUACAGAACAGUUCAAACAGUAUAUGGAACAAUUACAAAAUCAAAAUAGCCAGCUCACAUCACAGUUAACAUUGCUGACAGAGGACAGAGAGAAACUGGUGACACAGAACCAUGAUAUGGAGGCAGCUGUCAUAGAACUACAGAGGAAACUUGAAGAUAUAUCAAGCCAGGGACCAGUGGUUGAUGAGUCCAUACAGGAAGAACUGAAGCAGGAAGUGCUGAAGUUGCAGACAGAGUAUACUGAUCUGUCAGGGAGACAUGAGGCUCAGAUACGAGAUAACUCUCAGUUGAGCAGGCUUUUAGAAGAGAAGGAGGGCAAGCUUGUAGAGUUAGAAACGAGGUUGGAGGAGCUGGGAGAUCUUGCUGGAGACAAGGCGGAGCUCCUAGAAAACAUACAGAGUGAUAAAACAGCACUGAGUCGAGCUCUCACACAGAACAGGGACCUGAAACAACAACUUGCAGAACUACAGAAUGGAUUUGUAAAAAUGAGCAAUGACAAUAUGGAGAUGUUGACACAGUUACAGACAGAACAGCAUAGCAGCAGAGACUUAAUGACCAAACUUGCACAACAGGAAGAUGAACUGAAGGAGAUCAGGGAAAUGCUAUCACAGAAGGACAUAGAGCUACAAUCUGCCCAGGAGAACUCUGUAGAAAGCAAUAAAGCCAGGUUACUUCAUGAGCAGAUUCAGGAUAGGUUGAGACAUUAUGAGGCCCAGGCACAACUGGUAGAAACUCUUCAGAAAGAAUUACAUUCAUCUCAGGAUAUGGUUGAUGCAUUGACCACACAGAACAGUGAGCUUAGAUCCAUGUUGAUCCGAGCAACAGAAACAAAGGCCCUCAAUCCUGAUUCCAAUGUUGAGAAUGCACAGAGAGAAAAUGUGAUUGAUUCUCUGCAAGCCACAAUCCAACAGUUAGAGGGAGAGAGGAACAAACUUAUGGAAAAUCUGAAGAAACAGAGAGAAAUGUCGGACACACUCAGCGUGAAGGUCUCUGACUUACAGGAGGAAGUUGUACAAAAUAAUGCUUCCAAUGCAGAAAAUGAUAAGGUUUCUCGUAGUGAGUACGAAAAACUGAAAUAUGCCUCAGAUAUGAUACAGGAUAAAUAUAAUCGUGUGAUGAGAGACAAGGCUGACCUUACAGACAAGGCAGAUGAGCUGGAACAUUUGGUGCUACAGUUACAGGGAGAAACUGAUACUAUAGGAGAGUAUAUAUCUCUAUACCACCACCAGAGGGCGCUGUUACAGCAGCGAGAGUUACAGAAAAAUGACUAUAUCAAACAACUUGCCAAAGAUAGGGAGGAACUUCAGGACAAGCUUGGUGAGUUACAGACAUUGGUCAUGCAGUUAAUGGGAGAGAAGAACAUGUUACAGAGUUACCAUAUGGAAUCUGUGAGACCGGUAUCUCCUAACAUACACCCACCUGUAUCCUCACAUAAAGUGCACGGGAAACAUGAUGAUUGGCCUGAUUAUACCAGCUCUGAAUCAGACACAGAAAGUGAAGUUGAGACAAUAGUUGGUGGAAAGGAUGAUGUUCAUAUACAUGAAGAUCAUGAGCACGUAGCCAUGGAUAGUUCACCUGAUACAAGUGAAAUAAACCUCAGUACUAACUCGGUCACAAAUCACUUAGACAAUGCCCACGUGCAUUUAGACUCACAAACAGAGCGUGUUCGAACACAUUCCAAAUCGCAAGAAGAUAAAGAGGAAGUGACGGCACAUAAGAUUCUAAAUCUACUAACGGAAAUUGGACAUUCGAACUUGGUGGAUAGUGCUAGCUUUAUGGAAAAACAGUUUCACCCCUGCAAAUAUUGUAAAGGACGGCUACAAAUAUUGUAGUAAAAAAAAUAGCAAUAUUUUAUAGGUUUUCAGAUCAUAAGUGUAAAAGGAUAUCAAGGUUAUCAGAUUUUCAUUAUUAAAAUGUGUUAAACAUUAUCAUCCUCAAGAUUCCACUGGCGUAAUACGGAGAAAUAAAAAAAUAAAAAAGGUUCUGAACUAGACUUUUUUUCAAGGCUUUAUUUUUUUUUUCUGAAAGGGACUGGACUUCAGAUGUUGGCUUAAAUUGAUCUUUCAUUAAAACUGAGGUUUGGUUAAUGAACAUUCAAACAUGAAUACCCGUUACAAAUGUUUUUCAGUUUUGAAUGGAAAAAUGACUAAAAUUAACUGAUGCUCAUGUAUAUCCAUAACAUAAAACCUGUCAGGAACUGAGUUUCAAAGCCUUCAUAAUAAGAAUUAUAGCAGUAAAUUACUGAUAAUUAUCUGGAUUUUUUUUAUGUCAAACAAUCUGGAGGUCAGUGCCUUUAAUAGUAGAUGUAUGCAAGUGAUAUUAAAAUUUGUUAACUUCAUAAUUUCUCAGAAUAGCUGUUGUUUAUGAAUUAUUAAUAUUUUGUUUAUUAUUUUCAUAUUCAAAAACUGUUUUUUUCUAUUUUAGAAUUUCCAUUCCUUUCUCUCAAGUAUAAACACACAUGUUUUCAUAUUCAGAAGGAUGCAUGAGUUCUUAACUUAAGCAAACAGAUAUGAAAAAUAACUUAUAGCAUUUCAAAAGUUUGUGCAAAUUUUCAUUUUGAUUACUUCUCCUUGACAGCAAUUACUGAGUGCAGAUACGAAUGAAAUGAGUGUAUGCUUAUUUAGCUAAGACAAUGUUUGUAGAAAGUUUUGAAAUGUGUUUUAGGUUACUAUUUGUCUUCCUUGAAAAAUCUGGUUUCUGUGUGUUGUAGUAGAAUACUCCUGUCAUAGCAUGGCUUAAAGCCACGGCGUUUGAUGUUGACUUAGAUGGGGGAGCUUGGACAACCAAAACUUCAAGACUUUGGGAGGAAGUCGGGCAACAAAUGUUUUGAGUACCUUAUAUUUGGUCCUGACAUUGUAAUUUUAAAAGAAAAAGUAAUUUAAUUAGUGCUUUUGUGAUUGGAAGUGGUAACUUUGUGUUUAUUUCUAUUUCAUGAAGGUUUUUGUUUUUAUCUGAGAAUGAUGGUCAAGUUGACCGUGUAAAACAAGGAUAGUUGGAUGAAAGCUUUCCCUAUGGAUGUAAUGUUGUGCUGUUAUGUUUCUUGCUUUGCAAAUGUGAAAGAGAGCUUUAUAGAUCUACCACCUAGCGACAUUGGUUCAUCAUUUUCAGUAGUCUGGUAUUAGUGCUACACAACUAUUUGACAAACUGCUAGUCAAAAAUGCUAAAUAUAUGUAAAUUGAUUACUGUUUAUAUAUGGCAUUCAACUCAACAUGGUCAGUUACAAAAUUCCAAACCUCUUUUGUAAUAGUUUUCAUGCACCUGAGCAAUACAAUUAACACAAUUUAAGGCUUUUGUAUCAGGUUUGGAAAAUAUUUUGCUGUUACCAGUAUUUAGAUAUUAAAUUUCAUUCUGACUCUGGUUUUGUUAAAGGUAUUUGAACCAUUUAAGCAUUAAUAUUUUAUCUUUUUAGCAGGAAAUAGUCAUUUUUGGAAGAAACAAAACGAUAAGCAGUUUUAAAGGUAAAUUGCUAAUUCCCAUUCUGACAAGUGGUCACCAUUUUAGAAUAGGGAACACUUCUGUACAGUGAAAAUAUGCAUUUGAUACCUAGUCUGUGGUUUCCUGUAUACAAAAUAUAGUCUUCAGGCAAUGUAUUAUACAUGUAUAUGCAUUUUUUAAAUGCAUGAAUGUGUUUAUACAAGUUUUCUUGGUACCAUAUUCAUUGAUGUUUAUCCUGCUAGCAGCAAGUAAUUCUGCCUUUGCGACCAGUGCAGACCAAGAUCAGCCGGAUGUGCAGCCUGAUCAUGGUCUGCACUGUUCACUAUUCAUUCAGUAAAUUUUCAUUGAACACACCUUUGAAUAAUAAAUGUUUUUGCCCAAAUUGAAUGAUGGACCAGUCCAUUUUAGAAAUUUAGCAGACUAAAGGAUAAAUUAAUAAUAAAUGUCAAGUUUUUGAAUUCUUUUCGGUUCUUCUGCCUUACAUUAAUUAAGACAGAGAAAUUAAUGUGCUGUACUGAAGAAUUGAUGUAUUGUUGCAUAUUAUGUUUUACUGUUAACAGUACUCUGUUGAAUGAAAACUGUGCAAUUGUCAUGUAUGUUUAAAUUAUUUGCAUAGUGUAUUUAUGAUACAUGUGUAUGCGUUAUAUAUUGUACAUUUAUAAAUAUUGACCUAGAUUAUGUACUUAAAUGUUGGGACUUUGGAAACUGUGUUAUAAAAAUGAUUAUAACUUAUUUACCUUAAAAAAAUUAAAUAAAAUCUAUUUUCAUGUAAA